AUGGCUGAGCAAGGAGGACGAAGCGGCGGGGGGGAUCGUGGGGGAGGCGGCGGAGAGGGAGGGGCGCAUGACCGGAGGGCAGAUGCGGAGGCGGAGGCGGAGGCGGAGUCGGAUCCCAAAGCGUGCGAGCGGCCGUUCGAGCAGCGGCAGUCGUGGCUGCACCGGCGCGGCAAGGGCGAGUGGAACUCGGGGCUAAAGGACUUCCCUCGGGAUCCCCGCGCCGCGGCGCUCGGGUGCUGCGCGCCGUGCUACCUCUUCGCGCAGACGGCGCGCAAGAUCACCGACGGGCGCGUGCAGUUCUCGAGGGCCUUCGCGACGUACUGCCUGGUGGGCGGGUGUUGGGGCGUUCCUCUCUCGUUCAUCCUCGGUCCCUUGGCCUACUGGUUCACGUGUGUGCCGUGCUAUGCGGAGUCUAUUCGCCGCCAGCUGCGCCACAAGAAGGGGCUGCACGAACGAACCAUGGACGACUUUGCCGCCCACUGCUGCUGCCACCCCUGCGCGCUUUGUCAGGAGUACAGGGAGACCCGUGAGUUUGACUUGGAGCUGGUGGCAGGGCCAACACACCCCACAGUGGACCGACCACCAUCGGAAACUGCCAGGCAUCUGGAGCACCUGCAGGAGACGCAGCAGAUGGAGCGGUGA